AUGGAUUGGAAAUCCAAUAUUGUUUGUCAAUUAAAAGAUCACAAACAUCAAUGGAAUGUAUAUGAUGAAAUCAUAAAACAUUAUAAUCGUCUUUCGGACAAUAAUGUUGCUCUUCAAAUUCAAUGCGUUAAACUUGAAAAUGAUGUUAAUCAUUUACGUUUAGCUAAUGCUGGAUUAGAAAAAGCAUCAGAAGUUAGUCAAGGAUUAGCAAAUAUAAAUAGUAAAUUAACCGUAGCUAAUGAAGAAGUUGUUAUGCAUUUACGAGAAAAAGGUGAACUUGCACGAGAAGUUCUUCGACUUAAUCAUGCAUUAACAGAAGCCAAUGAAAAAUUAACUAAAGGAGAAAUCCAACUUCAACAAUAUAAAGAUGAAAGUAUUCUAUUAACUAGUAAAAUCGAAAAAUCUGAAUAUGAAGUUAAUGAACUUGUACAUAUAAAUCAAGUUCUUCGAGAUGAAUUUUUAGCUGUUCAAAAUCAAUUAGAGCAAUUACAAAUAGAGUAUAAUCGAAUAAAACCAUGUUGUCUCGAACUUGAACAAGAAUUAGAAAAAGAAAGAAGAAUAAGUAUACAACGUGAAAAUGAAUUAAUGGAAUGUAAAAAAGUUCAAUUGGAAAUGCUUAAUGCUGAAGUUGAACGAUAUAAUAAACGACCCCAACAACGUAAUGGAGUAGACACAAUGGAUGGUGAUAUUGUCUUAAUUUCAACUGACAAAAAUUUUAGCGAUCCACAUACUACAGAUCGUAGAAAUUCCAAUAAUUCAUCUACAAUUAAUUUUGAUACAAUGCCAAGUUCUUUCGAUGAAUCAAUGAGACAAGAGAGAAGAAAUACUGCAACUGGAGGAGGAAAUUUUUUUUCUAGUUUUAAACGUAUGUUUGGUACGGGAGGAGCAAAUAUUACAAGUGAUAGACUCUAUCGAACAUCAACAUUAUAUGUUUCAAGUUCUAUUCCAACACAUGAAGUUUAUCAUUGGGAUUGUACUGACUUAGAAGUUUAUACUAUGCUAUUUCAACCAUCUGGAUCAAUCUUAGCAACAGGAUGUAGUGAUAAAAUGGUUCAUCUAUGGGAAAUUCCAUCUGUAGGUCAACCAUAUAAAUAUUGUUCACUUCAUGGUAGUCAUGGAGCAAUCAAUGCACUUGAUUUUGACAAUGAAGGAGCUCGUCUGUUAGCUGGUUGUUCAGGUGAAAAAGCAUAUAUUUGGUCAUAUAGUGAUUAUCGAGUACUUCGAGAUACAUUUACUGGUCAUAAAGGUCUUAUAUAUACUUGUAAAUUUAUUUCUGGAACAAAAUUAGUAACAGGUAGUGCUGAUCGAUUAAUUAAAGUAUGGGAUUUACAAAAUCGACAAUGUACACGAACUUUAUUUGCCGGAUCUAAAUGUCAUGAUUUAGUAGUUACCGAUGCAACUGGUACAAUAAUAAGUGGACAUUUUAAUAAAAAAAUUUGUAUAUGGGAUGCAUUUACUGAUAAAUGUCGAACUGAAUUACAAUAUGAUGCAUUAAUUACAUCAUUAUAUUAUAAUGCUGAAAAACAUCAAUUAUUAGCAUGUUUUAGAGAUGAUACACUUAAAUUAAUUGAUUUAAGACAAAAUAAUGUUAUAUAUUCAUUUAGUCAUGAUGAUUUUCAAGUGAGUACAGAUACAAAUAAAGCUGUAUUAUCACCCGAUGGUCGUUAUGCAUGUGCUGGUUCUCAAGAUGGAUCUUUAUUUAUAUGGAAUACAACAAAUGGAAUUUGUGAAAAAGUUUUUAAUAAAAAACAUACAACAAUGGUUACUUCCGUAGCAUGGCAUCCCGAAGGAAGAUAUGUUGCAUCUUGUGAAAAACAUCGACGAGUAAUUCUUUGGAGUGAUUAA